AUACAUAGUACGUUGUAUCGUUUAUUGCUCGCUUCUGCUCGCUGGUAAACGGUUGCAAGGGAGCAAACCAGAUACCUAUCACGACCUUAGAGAUUUGACUCGUGGCGGCUAGGACCGGCAACUACCGGGCGACACCAGGCAGGCUCUGUCCUACCAAUACUAACUUAUACCGGUAGUACUUACCUAAUACAUGUACAUGUACACAGUAAGGUACAUAUGUAUACUUAAGUAAGCACAUAGGUAUAAUAUUGUAAGAGUGCCCUAAGGCGGGCCCAAGGCAACCUAGAGAUAGCUGCACAUGUACACUAACUAGCGGCAUACUUACCUAGGUAGUAUGUAGUAUACAGGUACUAUGUAGUGUGUACAGAGAGAUGUGUGUAGUGUUGUAGGAAUUGAAGACGGUUGAAGACAGAGCUUUCACAUGACAUGGUGAUCCUGAUCGGCGUUCAAAGCCUCGCCGCAUCUUUUCAGCAUAACCCCCCAUCUACCCCCACGAGGCUAGAUGGUGUGUACAGAGUCGAGAGAGUGUGCACUACCGGCAGUGCAGAUCAAACACGCUUCAGCCAAUCGCAGAUCAUCAGCCUGGUUUCAUCAUUAGCUUCUGCCCUCUUCUCCCUUUGCACGCAGCGCCUUGUCACAACCAUCGCAUAGAGGCGGGGGUGGGUGGAAUAUAUCUGGCGAGCUCACAACUCACCCAUGGCCGAACUUGAAGCCCCUGUCAACGCUGGUCCUCCUUCCAAGCGGCGGAAAGUGCAAGACGACUGCCGCGACUCUACACCGCGCUAUCAAAGCCUCGAGCCACAAGAUAGCCAACAUGACGAGAAGAACACGCUGAGCGUUUCAAUACGCGAGAAAUCACCACAAAGCCGACCCGGGAGCUUGAGCCCAAGCCCAAGCCCAAGCCGCGACCGGAAACGAGACGAAGAAUAUUACUCUAGCGAUCGCUCACAGCACAGCCGCUCACCAUCCACCUCGCGAUCAAGAACGCGGUCGAGAUCACAAUCUGCGUCACGGUCGCGGUCGGAUAGUUCAUCAGCCAGAUCAAGGCUGGGUUCAAGGUCGGCAUCCCGAGACGAUCGCGAUUCCGUCUCUCGCUCUCCUCGAGACCCUCUACCACGCGAUGGCCAUCACGAUCAAGAUUCUACGCCUUCCGCGCGCGAACCUGUAAGACCUCAUUACGUCCCCCGCCUGCUAUUAGCAGGCCACCAGAAACCCAUAUCACAAGUCCGCAUAUCACCCGACGGCCGGUGGAUAGCGUCGUCAUCCGCAGAUGCCACGAUACGGAUAUGGGAGGCGAGCACAGGGAGGCAUAUGGAUACUCUUGUUGGUCACAUGGCCGGCGUAUCAGCAGUUGCGUGGUCGCCAGAUUCCAAGACCAUUGCCUCCGGCUCCGACGACAAAGCCAUUCGACUAUGGGAUCGGGUCACUGGGCGGCCGAUGAAGCCGAAGCCUCUCCUUGGCCAUCACAGUUAUGUAUACUGCCUUGCGUUCUCGCCUAAAGGCAAUAUCCUCGCCAGUGGGAGCUACGAUGAGGCUGUCUUCUUAUGGGAUGUCAGAGCUGGUCGGUUAAUGAGGAGUUUGCCGGCGCAUAGUGACCCUGUGAGUGGGAUAGACUUUUGCCAGGACGGCACGUUAGUUGUGAGUUGUAGCACAGAUGGGUUAACGCGAAUAUGGGAUACAUCAACUGGGCAAUGCUUACGCACGCUCGUGCACGAGGACAAUCCUCCGAUCACAUCCGUAUGUUUUGCACCUAACGGUAGAUACGUCUUGGCGUUCAGCAUGGACUCCUGUCUUCGUCUUUGGGACUAUGUUUCUGGAACAGUCAAGAAGACAUACUCUGGUCACAAGAACGAGGGGUUCAGCAUAGGGGGUUGUUUCGGGUCAGUCGAUGGAGAGCCCUUCAUCGCGGCCCCUAGUGAAGAUGGAGAAAUCGUAUUAUGGGACGUUAAGAACAAGGAGGUCGUCCAGCGGAUAAACGGCCAUACGGGUGUCUGUUUUUGGGUAGAUGUAUACAAGGAUAUCAUGGCGAGUGCUGGUCAGGACGGCAGGAUCAGAGUUUACAAGCACCAAAGCCCGAAGGCUGCAAAGAAAAUCAACGGCAUGGCAAGCGUAAAUGAGGCCUUGGGUGACCUUGCAGUCACCGAUCCUCCUCUCCAAGACGAAGAUAUCAAACAGGAGACAUGAAGAGAGGAAGGAGAUCCGGUUUUACAUAGAGGUCUCACAUUCCUGCUCAAAGGAUAGCAGAACGGCGAUUUUAAUAAGUAAACCGAGCUUACCUGCCCUUUUCUAUCUCCAUCAGAUCGUGCAUGUAUUCAGUCUAUUACUUAGUGUCGACAAAUGCAGUAUACUUAACGAUACAGAGUCUGCAAACAUUUUAGAAAUUGUGACAAUUUUACGAUACCUGACA